AUGGGUUCUAUCAAAGAGACAGAGCAGAAUCAAGUUCUCCGGCCAGUGCUUCAAUUUCCCCCACCCCCCCCUGUGUCAAAUAAUACUAAGGAGGAAGUAGACAACAGCACCCCAGAGGAGCGUGAUACAGCUACUCCGAGUUCGGAAGUAACGGAGCGGUCAACUCCAGAUGAAGGCAGAGGUUUCAGACGCAAGGAGAAGUUCCAGGCAGAUCCGUCGUGUUGUCCCGUGUGUGGUGUGACGCUCAGACCAGGAGAGUUGGAUACCCACGUCGUCCAGGAGCUGGAGAGGUUGUACAAGCUCAGCGCCAACGUCAGGGUACGAAGGUUGUCCUCUCCGCACCCCCGGGAACAUCUCUCGUCGUCCGACGGCUCUCUCGAGGCGAGAUGGGAGACAUAUCAGAGGAUUCGGGCGAAUAGACAAAGUAGGCUAAGGAUAAAAUACCGCAAGCGAAAACCUGAUGAAGUAGCUUGCCCUGUGUGCAACGAACCUAUCCAGGGAACAUUGGAAGAGGUUAACCAUCAUGUGGAGACCUGUCUGCGAAAGCAUGGAUCCAUCAAUGAAGAGGAGGAGAACGUAGAUGAAGAGGGGGAAGGCAACUCCGAGGUUUAUGAGGAGUAUGAGUGGGCUGGACAACGUAGGAUACGAGCUUCCACACUUCUUGUUGGGGGCUUUGCUGGCGCAGGGACGGCCAGUGGGAGUAGAGGAGGUGGGGACGAGGAGGAGGGUGAUCUAGUAGUCGAUGAGGAUGAUUCUGCCACAUUUGGGCCGACACAGUACUCAGAGGUCGACGUCGUAGUGCCCUCAACUGACAGUUCAACUGAGGACAAGGAACGGGAGGCUCUUAGAGAUGCCAUUAUCAGUCCCAGCGGCAAUGGGAGGAUAUCCAACUACUCUGCGAAUGUAAAGAAGGAGCCAAUGACAGUGGAUUGCUCCCGGAGUGAUGAGCCCAAGACUGAUGGAGACUCCCAAGUCAUUGAGGCUCUCAAGAGGAUAAUUCGAGACCUCGAGUCCGAGUCCAAAGGAGUGUCAGAAGAAAAGUUCCUCUGCCUCAUAUGCAUGAAGAAUUACAAGAAACCAGUGAUUUCCGUUUGUUGUUGGCAUGUCCAUUGUGAAGAAUGCUGGCUUCAUACAUUGGGAGCAAAAAAGCUAUGUCCGCAGUGCAACAUGAUAACUUCACCUUCUGACCUGCGCCGCAUAUACUUGUGAUGAAUUGAUUAGUUUAAAUAUCAACCCUGCCUUGUUUAGCCUUGUACAGUCCUUGUAAAUGUAACAUGUAUUUAUGUAUAUACUGUAAUUUUGCCACCUCAAGACUGA